CACCCGGGCCGCGGUGGCGGCGACAGCGGGAGCUCGCGAGCCUCCCGAGUCGGAGGGGGGUCUCCGGUGCGUUCCUCGCUCGCUCGUUCUCUCGGGCGGCGGGUGCGCACACGCCCGCAGCGCCCCGCCCCCGCGCGCCGCGGUGUCCCCAGUGGUCCCCGGGCCGCUGAGGACAACAUGCGGGACUACGAGGAGGUGACCGCCUUCCUGGGCGAGUGGGGGCCCUUCCAGCGCCUCAUCUUCUUCCUGCUCAGUGCCAGCAUCAUCCCCAAUGGCUUCAACGGUAUGUCAGUCGUGUUUCUGACGGGGACCCCGGAGCACCACUGCCGUGUGCCGGACACCGCGAAUCUGAGCAGCGCGUGGCGCAACCACAGUAUCCCGCUGGUGCUGCAGGACGAUCGCAAGGUGCCCCACAGCUGCCGCCGCUACCGGCUAGCUACCAUCUCCAACUUCUCAGCACUCGGGUUGGAACCGGGACGCGACGUGGACCUGGAGCAGCUGGAGCAGGAGAGCUGCCUGGAUGGCUGGGAAUUCAGCCAGGACGUCUACCUGUCCACCAUCGUGACCGAGGUGGGUAGCAGCUCCCCACCAGGGUCUGAUGACACAGAGCAGACAGAUGUGGUCUUUGAACCCUCCCACCCCCAGUGGAACCUGGUGUGUGAAGAUGACUGGAAGCCCCCGCUUACCAUCUCCUUGUUUUUUGUGGGUGUGCUGCUGGGCUCUUUCAUUUCUGGGCAGCUCUCAGACAGGUUUGGUCGGAAGAACGUGCUGUUUGUGACCAUGGGCAUGCAGACAGGCUUCAGCUUCCUACAGAUCUUCUCAAAGAACUUCGAGAUGUUUACUGUGCUGUUUGUCCUUGUAGGCAUGGGCCAGAUCUCCAACUACGUGGCAGCAUUUGUCCUGGGAACUGAAAUUCUUGGCAAGUCAAUUCGUAUUAUAUUCUCCACGUUAGGAGUAUGCAUAUUUUAUGCCUUUGGCUUCAUGGUGCUGCCAUUGUUUGCUUACUUCAUCAGAGACUGGCGGAUGCUGCUGCUGGCACUGACUGUGCCCGGAGUGCUGUGUGCUGCGCUCUGGUGGUUUAUCCCUGAGUCCCCUCGAUGGCUCAUCUCUCAGGGACGAUACAAAGAGGCUGAGGUGAUCAUUCGCAAAGCUGCCAAAAUCAAUGGAAUUGUUGCACCCUCCACCAUCUUUGACCCUAGUGAGUUACAAGACCUACGUUCCAAGAAGCAGCAGUCCCACCGCAUCCUGGAUCUGUUCCGAACCCGAAAUAUCCGAAUAGUCACUAUCAUGUCCAUAAUCCUGUGGCUGACCAUUGCAGUGGGCUACUUUGGACUUUCCCUUGAUGCUCCUAAUUUGCAUGGAGACAUCUAUGAGAACUGCUUUCUUUCGGCGGUGGUUGAAGUCCCAGCAUACGUGUUGGCCUGGCUGCUGCUGCAACAUGUGCCCCAGCGCUCUUCCAUGGCCACUGCUCUCUACCAACCAGCUUUGGGGAGCCCAUCAUUUUGCUCACUGGGAUGCACUAUGAGUCACCCAUUUCCAAGGAAUGGGCCACGGCUGACCAUUGCAGUGGGCUACUUUGGACUUUCCCUUGAUACUCCUAACUUGCAUGGAGACAUCUAUUUGAACUGCUUUCUUUCGGCGGUGGUUGAAGUCCCAGCAUACGUGUUAGCCUGGCUGCUGCUGCAACAUGUGCCCCGGCGCUAUUCCAUGGCCACUGCUCUCUUCCUGGGUGGCAGUGUCCUUCUCUUCGUGCAGCUGGUGCCCCCAGACUUGUAUUACUUGGCUACAGUCCUGGUGAUGAUAGGGAAGUUUGGCAUCACUUCUGCCUUCUCCAUGGUCUACGUGUACACAGCUGAGCUAUACCCCACAGUGGUCAGAAACAUGGGUGUGGGAGUCAGCUCCACAGCAUCCCGCCUGGGCAGCAUCCUGUCUCCCUACUUUGUUUACCUUGGUGCCUAUGAUCGCUUCCUGCCCUACAUUCUCAUGGGAAGUCUGACCAUCCUGACAGCCAUCCUCACCUUGUUCUUCCCAGAAAGCUUCGGCAGCCCUCUCCCCGACACCAUUGACCAGAUGUUAAGGGUCAAAGGAAUAAAAUAUAGGCAAACCCCAAGCCAAACAAGAAUGUUAAAGGAUGGUGAAGAAAGCCCCACAAUCCUUAAGAGCACAGCCUUUUAAAACAACCUCCAGUGAGAGAGGAACUGAAAAGGAAAGCCUGCAUCUUGUCAGAAAUGGCUGUACAGACUCUGAGUUCAACAGUGACAAAUGCCUUUGCUGUUUAUUCUGUUGACCCUGUGUCUGGUUUGCUCGUGGAUGAGCAUCAUACCCACUCACAGGAUGCAUAUAUAUGAUCCUGGAUAUAUAUGGUUCCUCCAGGGACACCAAGGCUACCUACAGACAACUUGUAUAUGUCCUAACUAUUACAGUGAUAGACAUGGCACUUCCUAAGAAGCCGAUGGCUCACUAGAUCCUGUAGGAUUUGGAAGAAUACAAGAGGCAUCUGCUAGAUGUAUAUUUUAAUCUUGGACUACCUGAAAAGGCCCCUGAUAAAAUGGAGGUCUGAGUUUUCUCCCUUCUUUCCCUACAUGAUGAACUUACGAGGAAAAAAAUAUUCCACAGGGGGAGUUUGAUUUCUCACCUUUUCUCAGUUACAAAGGACAUUAACUGGGAUGUUGCAUCCCCAUGGCAGGGAGGAGCACAGGCUUUAGGGAAACGUAAAUAUGAUUCAGAUGAAGAGUUCUGAGCAGAUGCAGAACACAGGCAGGUGAUUUGUGACCACACUAUGACUGCUGGGCAGGCUUGUUUACAUCUGAUCAAAGCACUGGGCUUGUCAGGCCCACAGGUCUGCUCUCUGUGUUUUCUACUGCUGUGUAAAUUAAGCCUCCUCACUACUAGAGCUUCUUAUCUGUGGUUUAAAGGAAGUGUAUUAGUGAAAAAUUGUCUCCCCUCUCGAAACUGUAUUGAGGGGUUUUGUUUUUGUUUGUUUGUUUGUUUGUUGUGUCUCCUCCUUCUUAAGUUAUUUGCCCUUCAGCAAAGACCUGGGAAAGGCUAUUUCUUUAGCUUCCUGGCUUGUGCCCCUCACCACUGUACAAGGCCUUACCAGCCUUAGCCACUAGCACUUCUCUGAGUGCCAAAAAAAGAUGUGAUUGUAUGUGUUCCUCUUGUGGUACCUAAUCAUGGGGAAAAUUACAAGAAAGAAUUGUAAAUCACAUUCACAAUCUUUCAGAGUUGCUCAUUUUAGUCAUAUAACAUUAUUGGGAGAUAUUUUGUGUUCAAUGUAAUUGUCUUUUCUAAUUAUGUUACCAUGGUACUCCUAAAGCAUAUGUUUCACCUGGUUUUAAAAAAAAAUGUAUUUUUGUGAAAGCUACUGAAGUGCCUUGGGAAAUAAGAAAGUUUUAAUAAAUAAAAUGAUUUUUUAAAAUAA